CCCUUCGACGACUCUGAUCCCACAUCAGAUAUCCUUCUAAUAUCACCUGAUGGUGUUUAUUUCUACGCUCACAAAAACAUCCUUUCCCUUGCGUCUUCCUUCUUCCAAGACUUAAUUCCUUUAGUCCAAGAUCCGAGCGAUGGCUCCUUGCCUGUAGUCGAUCUGACUGAAGGAAGCAAAACCAUCGACAAAAUCCUUCGUUUCUGCUACCUAAUCCCCGAUCCUUCUUUUGCUGACGUAUCCGAGGUCUACCAGGUCGCAGAAGACACGCACAAAUACCUCAUGAACGACGUAACAAGGCUUCCCAGUCAACUGAGGAAGUUUAUCGAUAUAUGCCCAUUGCAUGCCUCUGUCGUCGCUUGCAAGCUCAAUUGGAAAAGGGAAGUUGACAUUGCAGCGAGCAAGGUGCUGGCAGAGCCCCUAUUCUCCCACAAGGAAGACAUGCCGGAGCUC